UCUUUUCCUUAUAAAAAGCUUUCUUUCCAUUAUAUUUAAAAUAUUAAAACUGCAAUCGAUUUCAGUGAAUUAUUUCGUAUUUCAUCAUAAGUAUUAGUUUUAAUAAAAUUGCAAUCUUAUUUCGCUAUUAUUUCGUGCGCUUAUAAGCUUUAAUUUGCUAAAAUUCAAUAAGUAGUCAAAUAGUAGCCAUAUAAAAGGAAUUUGUUUACGAGAUUCGCACGCUUCUUAUCGCCGGCUAGCAACAAGCACAGCUGGGCGCUUGCAUUUAACUUUUCCUUAAUUAGUAUUGCAAUAAGGUUGCUUACGCUAUAAUUGAACUUAAUUAUCAUAAAUAGUUAUUUAAACUGGGUCAUUAGAGUAACAUCUGAUUGCUUAUUUUUUUACCAUGUCGGCUGCAGAUACUCUUAAACAGCAUAUUAGGAAGCGUAGCUGCAUAAAAGGCAAAAUGACAAUUUUUAGUAAUUAUUUAGACGAUUUUGGCACUAUAACAAAGCCUAGCACAGUCCAGCUGUUAGAUUUAGAAAGCAGAUUUAAUAAAUUCGAUGCCUUAUACGCCGCCUUCGAUGCAUUACAGGACGAGAUCGAGAUGCUUUUGGAAUCGUCAGACUCGGAACGCGAAGAUUUCGAAAAAAAGUACCACGAGCUGGUGGCAGGGGCGCGCAACCUGCUAGGCGCGCGACCGCUGAACGCCGCGACCUUGGGCGUUGCACGCGAGGGAUCCGUGGCGAGUUUCGAGGAUUGUCAGGCAGGUGGUCAUAAAUCUAAUUGUGUUAGAUUGCCAAAAAUAGAUUUGCCUACUUUUCAAGGACAUUAUCAACACUGGCUUGAGUUUAGAGAUACGUUUGUCUCAUUGAUACAUUCCAGGGACGAUAUGGAUAAUAUUAAUAAGUUACAUUAUCUUCGCGCGUCUUUGAAAGGUAGUGCCUUACUUGUCAUAGACAACUUAGAUUUUAAAUCUGAAAAUUACACAUCUGCUUGGAAGUUAUUGUGCAGUAGGUACGAUAACAAAAGGUUGCUCGUAAAUAAUCAUGUUAAGGAACUUUUUAGCGUCGAGCAAAUUCACAGUGAAUCUUGUGCUUCAAUUCGACGUCUUAUUGACGUUACAAAUAAAAACCUACGUGCACUUUCGACAUUGGAUGAACCAACUGAACAUUGGGACACGUUAAUUAUACAUAUGAUGUCGGAAAAAUUAGAUAGUGUGACCCAUAGGGCAUGGGAGGAGCAUCGGAAUACGCUCUCUAACCCUCCAUCUUUAGAAGUAUUUAUUACUUUCCUUAGCAACCGGGCAGACUUGUUGGAGACUUUGCAAGAAAGUAAAGGUAAAAAUCAUAAAUUUGAAAAUAAAAAUAGCACUAAUGUAUGUAUAGUUACAACUAACAACAGUAGUUCAUCUAACAAAAAAACCCCAAACAAAACAUUCAAUAAGCAGAAUAAAAAAAUAUUUACAUGUACCGUGUGCAAUCAAACUCAUUUUCUCUUUAACUGUGAAACAUUCAGAGCCCUUCCUAUAGAAAGUCGUAUUCAAAAGGCGAAAGAAUCGAACGUCUGUCUUAAUUGUUUACGGCCUGGGCACUUAGAAAAAAGUUGCAAUCUUGUGCCAUGUAAAUACUGCAAACAGAGACAUAACACACUUUUACAUCUGCAUGAACCAGUGGCUCAUUCUGAGCCCACGACUUCUGCUAUUUGUAACUUCGCUGCAUCUGGUCAUGAUGUACCGCAAAUACCGCAAUGUACUACUGCGCCGCAUGCUUUCCUGUCCACAGCGAUCGUGAAGGUGCGCGACAACGCAGGCAACGUGCAUACGGCUCGGCUGCUUCUUGACAACGGAAGUUUCUGCCACUUCGUAACGGAAUCACUCUGCGAUUCUUGAAGUCUUCUCUACUACUUCAACCCGGGCAGCAUGUUGAGUACUCGACAUACGCACGAGAGGAGACGCGCGGGCGGCGGGCGAUCGCGACGUCAUCGCGGCAGGCCUGCGAGCAGCGCGCGGCACACACACUCACCUUUACCUACCUCACCGGCAACGGACGAAUACCGAAUUAAUUUAUAAACUGUUUGGCCGGGAUUUUAAGCUGUAAUUAAGGCGGAAUAAACCAGCCUAUUUUGAUACA